UGGCCAGGAAGCCGCGGUGACGUCAGCGUCCAGAAGUCCCUCCGGGUUGAGACGGAGAUCCAGCUGAAUCCGCGCAGAAAAACAGAGAAAAACGGGCUUUUCCAGGCAGAAAAACAGGCUUUUCCAGGAUAAAACCCCAUCAACCGUUCAGCAGCAUGUCCCUGUAUCCAUCCCUGGAGGACCUGAAGGUCGACAAGGUCAUCAAGGCCCAGGCCCAGUUCGCCCAGACCGCCACCUCCAUGCCGGCCAUCGCCGAGGGAACAUUCCAGCCGCCGCCGGCCGCCGUCGCUGGGAUGAUGGCGGGAUCCGGUCUGUACCCGAACCUGGAGGACCUGGGCGACUACAUGGGUCUGGCUCUCAACAGUGACGAGGUCCAGAAGAACCUGGCGCUGGUUCCGCUGGCCGACAACCAGGUGUCCCCGUCCCCCCCCUCCGGCCUCAUGGUCCGGCCCGUGACCGGGGCCGACGUGGGAAUCCGGAGGGCAGAGAUCCGUCCCGGUCUCCGGGAGGUCGUCCUCUGCAAGGACCAGGACGGGAAGGUGGGGCUGCGUCUCCGGGCCAUCGACAACGGCGUCUUUGUCCAGCUGGUCCAGUCCAACUCCCCGGCUGCUCUGGCCGGUCUCCGGUUCGGGGACCAGGUCCUGCAGAUUAACGGACAGAACAGCGCCGGCUGGACGGUGGACAAGGCCCACAAGGUCCUGAAGACGGCGGCCGAGACUCGUAUCGAGAUGGUGGUCCGGGACAGGCCGUUCCAGCGCACCGUCACCAUGCACAAGGACAGUUCUGGACACGUGGGCUUCAUCUACAAGUCCGGCAAGAUCGUGUCCCUGGUGAAGGACGGGUCUGCCGCCCGGAACGGACUCCUGACCGACCACUACAUCUGUGAGAUCAACGGACAGAACAUCAUCGGACUGAAGGACUCCCAGAUCAAGGACAUCCUCAACACGUCCCCGACCACCAUGACCAUCACCAUGAUGCCCAAGUUCAUCUACGAGCACAUGAUAAAGAGGAUGUCCAGCGGUCUGCUGCGCUCCGCCAUGGACCACUCCGUCCCCGAGGUGUGAGGACCGGGACUGGAUCCAGGACCAGGUCCGGGACCAGGUCCAGGAUCGGGUCCGGGUCCAGGUCCAGGUCCAGGUCCAGGACCGGGUCCACCAAGAUGUCUGCAGAACUCUCUCUCUCCUUCUUCAAACCUUUUAUCCGUCUUUUUGUCUUUUUAAACCAAAUCACACACCACCUUUCUCCUGUAACACCUUUGAUCUGCCCCGCCCCCUUCCUGACCCCGCCCCCUUGACCCUGACCCCGCCCCCAGGCAUUAGCGAGUAUGCUAACCUCGUAGUCGCAUAUUUAGCGUUAUUUACUUUUUUAUCGCCGAUCCAGGACAGCGCUUGUUCUCUUCUUUUUCUUCUUCCUCUUCUCUUAACAUGAACCACCAGAGCGACACGAGUCGGCUCCUCCUUCUCAGAUGCUGUAGAGCUGUGAUUGGCUGCCGUCAGAAGCUCCGCCCCCCUCCGGCAGAUUGACAGCCGCUAGCUCACGAAAAAGUUUUUAGUUUUUAUCAGAUACGGUCCAAAACAUUUGAUCAUGUUCCUCCCAAAAAGUCCCGCGAAUGAAACGUUCAGGUCGCAGUUUCCAGCUCGUCCAGCAGGCGGAGCCACGCCCACUUUUGGGGGCGGGGCCUACGGACGGGCACAGGCGGCUAGUGGCCCGCAGGUGGAGUCGAAGCGUCGUAGGUCUCACGUUUCCACGUCACCACGCCAGAGGGCAUUGUGGGGGAUGGCGUGGGAGGGGCUACGCUAGGCUAACCACGCCCCAGGGCAUUGUGGGGGAUGGCGUGGGAGGGGCUACGCUAGGCUAACCACGCCCCAGGGCAUUGUGGGGGAUGGCGUGGGAGGGGCUGGACCCACUAAGUGCACUUUCCAUUGCGAGACGUCGUCUUUCUCUGUUUUGAUAUUUGUCCGUGUGCCUCAUGAAGCCCCGCCCCGGGGGAGGGGCCUCGCGGGGUGGGCGGGGCCUGCACGGCUAGCCCCGCCCCCUCCGAUGAAGCCCCGCCCCCACGGCGACGCCCUCUUCCUCGUGAUGCUGUUCAUGUUUCAGGUGCAUGUCUCCUCUAAUCUCUGUAUGCAAUCGGAUCAACGUUGCUGUCAUCGUGUAAAAGAAAUAAAGUUUAUAUACGAAUGUAACCGGAUAAUAUUGUAAACGAAUAAAGUCUUUUCUGUUCUCA